CACACGCGGAUGAGAAGGCGAUGAGCAGCGGAUCAGCAAAACAAAAAAAAGGCAAAAUAACCGGUUUAUAGUGACGAGGGGCUGGCUGGAUUAUUCAACAAUUAGGGACGCGGGUACGGAUUUUCGCCUUUAAUCACGUUAAUGCGUGAUAUAUCAACAAUAUCAGACACCGGAAAUUGUUGGAUACAGUUUGUAAUCAACAAUAUUUUGAAUCAAUAUUUGAGCAGCCUGAAAGCAAAAUAAUUCUGAUAUUAUGACACCAGCUCGUUGGCGGCCAUAAAGCUAAAGCAGAGCGUAUUCUGAGCCCAAUGUCUCUUCUCUGGAAGCCCUAGCACCGGUGUCUUCCUCUCCUGUCAGUGGUGGCGUCCCCUGUAGGAGCAUGUCGGCAGCACAAACUCAGAAGGAUAGCGAGGGUCCCUGGGGACUGGACUCCCUGGGCUUGAGCCAGAGAGAGCUGGUACUGGCUGAAGCCCUACAGAUGGAGUAUGAUGCCCUGUCCAGACUCAAACAGGACAAGGGGGGGGACAGCCAGGGGACCAGCAGCCAGGGUGGUGGGAAGGUACCUACCCUGCCCCCCUGGGAGGGCCAGAGGCAGGUCGAUCGCCCCCUCCCACCCCGCCCCAGCCUUAGUCCUCCUGGAAGGAGUUUGCUAAGAGGAUUAUCUGGCUCAGACCUCUCCCUCCACCACCUCCAGCCUGGGGGGUCCCACUCCCCACAGCCCUCCCCAGCCAGGGCCAGGGAGCCCAUCUAUAUCCUGGAGAGUCCAGGGAAGGGAGACUACUUGAGUUCCAGCUAUGGGGAGUCAGGGUCUAGCGUUGGUUCUUCUCUGACUCUGCCUAAAGGCUUCCCCCCUCGUCCUGAUGACUCUCCUCCUGCUGUACCCCCCAGGACCCCUCUACUCCCUUCCUCUGAGCCCUUCCUGCCCCCCCGACCCACUACGACUCCCCGAGAUGUCAACCUGUUCACCCCCGAGGUGGACCAGCCCAAACUGUCGUCAGGGGAGACGCUAAACUACGAGAGCCUCAACGACGCUCUCUCCAAGCUCAAUGGGGAUUUGCCAUCGCCAAGGGGUAGGCGGGCCAACGGGGACCAAUCAGGGAAGCCGUUGGCUCGGAGCAAGACGCUCCCCCCUCAGGUGCCCCGCACCUACGUACCUAUCCAAAAGAGCAACAAGAACCAGCACAGAGUGUCGGCCGACCCGGUGUCCCUGGGCACCAGGCUCAAUGGUUUUGGUUAUGAGCUCUUCCAGGUGUCAGAGGAGAGAGACGAGGAGGUGGCCGCCUUCUGCCACAUGCUCGAUGUAUUGCGGUCAGCAUAUCCGUGCAGUGACCAGUCUAAGAACACAGGGUUUGUGUGGACACCCUCAGUGGGGCCUGAAGAGCUGCAACAGGGGUUAGGGGUCAGCGUCAAGGUUACGGUCAUCAGCGACCACUUUAGAGAACCACUCACCUUCACCUGUGAUGGGUCGUCUACGGUAGACCUGUUGAUCUACCAGACGUUGUGUUACGCUAAUGAAGACCUCGACCACAUUGAUGUCGACCACUACCUCCUCAAAAUCUGUGGUCAGGCCGAGUUCCUACAGAAUUCCCAGACGUUGACAGGGUUGGAGCAUAUCCAGCUGUGUGUGAAGUUUGACUGGGACAUUCGUCUCUUCCUCACCAAGAGAGGCUCUGUCAACACAGAACUGGGCCGCACGGAGGAGGAUGAUGAGACGGCCUCUACGAUGAACCACAGCAUCCUGCUGCAGGAGCGACCAAUCAAACAGACAGUUACUAGGGAGGCUUUGACUCUGCUCCUGGACACCUUUCACAACGAGGCUGAGUCCUUUCUUCUAUCAGAGGUGGAGCUUGUGUUGCACGUGGAACGGCUCGUCCAAUCAGUGAAGGCUCUCUGCAGCUCGCUGGCUGCUGUGGAAACACCUGACAUCACUUCCGCCCUCAACCAGCUUCCAGCAUGCCCCUGUCGUCUGCAGCCCAGAGUCCAGAAGGAUUCAUCAGUGCUGGCCAUCAGAGAGAACAGAGAGAAAGUGGUGGAGAAGCUGACGGUGGCAAUUUUAGAUCUGGUGGAGCUGUACUGCAGCACAUUCAACGCUAACUUCCACACCACGGUGCAGAGCAACCGGCACACGGCGCCCACACAGGAAGCAGGCCUGGUCACCAACGUCCUAUCCUUCAGCGUCUACGCUGCUCACCGCAUCCCCAUCACAUGGGCGGCCAGCUACGAGGGCUUCUUCCUGUCGUGCUCUCUGACCCAUGGAGGGGCGGAGCUUUGUGCCCCCCAGCACACCAGCAAACAGCAGGUCAGCAAGUACCUGUUUCACCUGGUACUCUGGGAUCAGAGGGUGUGUUUCCCAGUGCAGAUCAACCAGUUGCCAAGGGAGACCCAGCUGACAGUGACUCUGUGUGCCAGUGCUCUGCCACCCCCUGGAGGAGUGGAAGAGAAGGGUAGUAAGCAGCGCCGCAGCAUCGAAUCCCUGGGCUGGGUCACCAUGCCCCUCUUCAACUUCAGACACAUCCUGACAUGUGGGAGGAAGCUACUGGGUCUGUGGCCUUCCACCCCAGGAAGUAACGCUCGCUCCAGCUUCCCCAACUUCAGCCAGCCUGACAGCGUCAUCCUGCAGGUGGACUUCCCAACGUCGUCAUUUGAGGUGCACUUCAGUACCCCCCCUCCUGCAGAGUUCAGUCCCCAGUAUGACUUCUCCAGACUGGACCAGCACAGCCAGAGACAACUACAGGACGUUCUGCACAAGAAGUCACUUUUCUGGUUGACUCCAGAGGACAAGCGUCUGUUGUGGGAGAAGCGUUCGUUCUGCCAGUCAGAGAGUGGUGCCCUGCCCCUGGUGCUGGCUAGUGCCCCCCGCUGGGAGUGGGCAUGUCUGUCAGAUAUCUAUGCCCUGCUCCGCCAGUGGGCAUGUCUCAACCACCACCACGCACUGGGCCUGCUGCAUGCCACGUUCCCUGAUCAGGAGCUGAGGCAUACUGCAGUACAGUGGAUGGACUCUAUCUCUGACCCUGAGCUGCUGGACUUCCUACCACAGCUGGUGCAGGCUCUGAAAUAUGAGUGUUACCUGGACAGCCCGUUGGUGCGUUUCCUGCUACGGAGAGCCAUAGGGGACAUGCGCAUUGCACACUAUCUCUUCUGGUUGUUGAAGGACUCUCUGCAGGACAGUCAGUUCAGUGGGAGGUACCAGCACCUGUUAGCAGGCCUGCUGUGCUGUGUGGGUCGGGGUCUCCGAGAGGAGUUUGACAGGCAGUGCUGGCUGAUCACCAUCCUGGCUAAAGUAGCCCAACGUGUCCGGGACACCUCUCCCUCCAGCAGACAGGCCAUCCUUCGAGAGGGACUGGAGGAGGUCAGGCAGUUCUUCUCAGUCAGUAGCAGCUGCCGUCUCCCCCUUAACCCUGGCAUGCUGGUCAAAGCCAUCAACAUACAGUUGUGUUCCUACUUCAACUCCAACGCCGUGCCCCUCAAACUGUCCUUCCAGAACCUGGAUCCUCUGGGAGACAACAUCAAUGUCAUCUUCAAAUCAGGUGACGACCUGCGCCAGGACAUGCUGACGCUGCAGAUCAUCCGCAUCAUGAACAAAAUCUGGAUCCAGGAGGGGCUAGACAUGAGGACGGUCAUCUUCAGAUGUUUUUCUACCGGACGAGGCAGAGGUAUGGUGGAGAUGAUUCCCCAGGCUGAGACUCUGAGGAAGAUCCAGGGGGAACAUGGAGUGACUGGUUCCUUUAAGGACCGCCCCCUGGCUGACUGGCUACAGAAACACAACCCCACAGAGGACGAGUAUGAGAAGGCUGUGGAGAACUUUAUCUACUCUUGCGCAGGCUGCUGCGUGGCCACCUACAUCCUGGGUAUCUGUGACCGUCACAACGACAAUAUCAUGCUAAAGACCAGCGGUCACAUGUUCCACAUCGACUUUGGCAAGUUUUUAGGACACGCCCAGAUGUUUGGCAACAUCAAACGGGACCGUGCUCCAUUUGUGUUCACCUCUGACAUGGCCUAUGUCAUCAACGGAGGAGACAAACCUUCCAGUCGUUUCCAUGACUUUGUGGACCUGUGCUGUGAGGCCUACAACCUCAUCCGCAAACACACACACCUCUUCCUCAACCUACUGGGACUGAUGUUGUCGUGUGGCAUUCCUGAGCUGUCAGACCUGGAUGAUCUGAAGUAUGUCUACGACGCCUUGAGACCUCACGAGUCUGAGGCUGACGCUACAAUGUACUUCACCAGGUUGAUAGAGUCCAGUCUGGGCAGUGUUGCAACUAAGUUGAACUUCUUCAUCCAUAACUUGGCCCAGAUGAAGUUUGCCUCAUCCGAGGAGCAUCCUGUCCUCUCCUUUGCCCCUCGGGUUUACACCCUAAAGACUGAUGGACUCAUCCGCAACCUCUUUGUCUGCCGACACAUACGAACGUACAGCUCCAGCAAAGGAUACGCAUUUGUGGUGAAGGUGGAGCGAGAGGGCCAGCAGGGGUCAGUGUUGGUCCAGAGGAGCUUUGAGGAGUUCUAUGAACUACACAGUAAACUACGCCUCGUCUUCCCCUCAUCCAAACUACCCAGUUUCCCCAGCCGGUUUUUGAUUGGGCGGUCUCGAGGAGAAGCGAUGGCUGAUAGGAGGAAAGACGAGCUCAACGGAUACGUCUGGCAUCUGGUGCACGCUGCGCCCGAGGUCGCCCAGUGUGACCUCAUCUACACUUUCUUCCAUCCUCUGCAAAGAGACGAGAAACCUGGAACAGUGGUGAACACACUGCAGAGCAAACCUGCAGAGAUCUGUUGGGCUCCGGUCUCAGGCAAAGUGGUAGGAGAGGUCAAGCUCUCCAUCUCCUACAAGAGUGACAAGCUCUUCAUCAUGGUCAUGCACAUACGAGGCCUGCAACCCUUGCAGGAAGGGACAGACCCUGACCCCUAUGUCAAGCUGUACCUCCUCCCAGACCCCCAGAAAACCAGCAAGAGGAAGACCAAGGCCGCGCGCCGCACUUGCAACCCCACCUACAAUGAGAUGUUGGUAUAUGACCGUAUCCCUCGUGGAGACCUGCAGCAGAGGGUUAUCCAUCUACGGGUACUCGGGGAUGGUGCAUUCUGGGAAAACACCCUGCUGGGCGAGGCCUUCAUCCCCCUGAAUACUCUGACACCCGGACAGUGCUGGGCAGACUGGCACCAACUGGGCACGCCCAGCACCGACUCCACACACUGAGUGAGAGAGAGGGCGAGAAAUUACUAAUCAGGUUGGCGUGUGUGUGCACGCGCAUAGGUCUGCUCAGUUGUGAGAGUUGGUCUGGUUUAUUCCCCCAAUGGGGGUGUGUGUUGACUCCUAUCAUGUCCAGUGGGGGUGUGUGUUGACUCCUAUCAUGCCCAGUGGGGGUGUGUGUGGACUCCUAUCAUGCCCAGUGGGGGUGUGUGUGGACUCCUAUCAUGCCCAGUGGGGGUGUGUGUUGACUCCUAUCAUGUCCAGUGGGGGUGUGUGUGGACUCCUAUCAUGUCCAGUGGGGGUGUGUGUUGACCCCUAUCAUGCCCAGUGGGGGUUUGUGUGGGUGUCUGUAGACUCACUGACGUUCAAUCGUCACUGGACACUGUAUCCAUGGGACUGUACUAUGUGGACCUAUUGUUAGCCAGGCUGGCCUCUGACCACCAUAAAAAGGGAUAACUACGGACCAUGUGACCAGGAGGGGAGAUUACCAAUCUGUAUCUCUGGUGACUCUGACUACCAGAAUACCUUUCUCUGGUAACAACAUGGCCUCCCAAGACCAGAUCACGAGGACCUAUGGAAGGAAGCAGAAGGCAUUGCUACUCAUUGAUAACAACCAAUGGGUUUUGAGAAGGAGUGGAGGAAAGAGGAUGCGAGGAGUAUGCAAUGGAUAUUCUCCCAUGGACCACAUCUUUAUUUAGGGCCAACAGAUAACCGUCCGUCUUAUCGCCUGAUGUAACAGACUUUGAAACAGUUUUAGUCCCCUUGAAAGUCAUGUCUUUUAAAAGAAAACCCUAAGUUAUUUAUUUUUCAAAUGGGACCCUUCUGUUAAUGCAGCUCCAUGUUGAGCUCUGUUUGGUUGUGUGGUAUAUGUAUAUUUUCAUUUCUGUGUACCACGGAUUUAUGUAAAUUGUGAUAUGUGAAUUAUGUGGGUCAGUUUUUCUGAUUUGAGAGAGGGAAUGAAUGCUUUUGUACCCUAACACAUGCUAACAUGCUUUUGUACCCUAACACAUUAUGGUGUGGGUUUACCCUAAACACAUUAUGGUGUGGGUCUACCCUAACACAUUAUGGUGUGGGUCUACCCUAACACAUUAUGGUGUGGGUCUACCCUAACACAUUAUGGUGUGGGUCUACCCUAACACAUUAUGGUGUGGGUCUACCCUAACACAUUAUGGUGUGGGUCUACCCUAACACAUUAUGGUGUGGGUCUACCCUAACACAUUAUGGUGUGGGUCUACCCUAACACACUAUGGUGUGGCUCUACCCUAACACAUUAUGGUGUGGGUCUACCCUAAACACAUUAUGGUGUGGGUCUACCCUAACACAUUAUGGUGUGGGUCUACCCUAACACAUUAUGGUGUGGGUCUACCCUAACACAUUAUGGUGUGGGUCUACCCUAAACACAUCAUGGUGUGGGUCUACCCUAAACACAUUAUGGUGUGGGUCUACCCUAAACACAUUAUGGUGUGGGUCUACCCUAAACACAUUAUGGUGUGGGUCUACCCUAACACAUUAUGGUGUGGGUCUACCCUAACACAUUAUGGUGUGGGUCUACCCUAAACACAUUAUGGUGUGGGUCUACCCUAAACACAUUAUGGUGUGGGUCUACCCUAACACAUUAUGGUGUGGGUCUACCCUAAUACCCUAUGGUGUGGGUCUACCCUAACAUAUUAUGGUGUGGGUCUACCCUAAACACAUUAUGGUGUGGGUCUACCCUAACAAAUUAUGGUGUGGGUCUACCCUAACACAUUAUGGUGUGGGUCUACCCUAACACAUUAUGGUGUGGGUCUACCCUAACACAUUAUGGUGUGGGUCUACCCUAACACAUUAUGGUGUGGGUCUACCCUAACACAUUAUGGUGUGGGUCUACCCUAACACAUUAUGGUGUGGGUUUACCCUAACACAUUAUGGUGUGGGUUUACCCUAACACAUUAUGGUGUGGGUCUACCCUAACACAUUAUGGUGUGGGUCUACCCUAACACAUUAUGGUGUGGGUUUACCCUAACACAUUAUGGUGUGGGUCUACCCUAACACAUUAUGGUGUGGGUUUACCCUAACAAAUUAUGGUGUGGCUCUACCCUAACACAUUAUGGUGUGGGUCUACCCUAACACAUUAUGGUGUGGGUCUACCCUAACACAUUAUGGUGUGGGUCUACCCUAACACAUUAUGGUGUGGGUUUACCCUAACACACUAUGGUGUGGGUCUACCCUAACACAUUAUGGUGUGGGUUUACCCUAACACACUAUGGUGUGGCUCUACCCUAACACAUUAUGGUGUGGGUCUACCCUAACACAUUAUGGUGUGGGUCUACCCUAACACAUUAUGGUGUGGGUCUACCCUAAACACAUUAUGGUGUGGGUCUACCCUAACACAUUAUGGUGUGGGUCUACCCUAAACACAUUAUGGUGUGGGUCUACCCUAACACAUUAUGGUGUGGGUCUACCCUAACACAUUAUGGUGUGGGUCUACCCUAACACAUUAUGGUGUGGGUCUACCCUAACACAUUAUGGUGUGGGUCUACCCUAACACACUAUGGUGUGGCUCUACCCUAACACAUUAUGGUGUGGGUCUACCCUAACACAUUAUGGUGUGGGUCUACCCUAACACACUAUGGUGUGGCUCUACCCUAACACAUUAUGGUGUGGGUCUACCCUAAACAAAUUAUGGUGUGGGUCUACCCUAAACAAAUUAUGGUGUGGGUCUACCCUAACACAUUAUGGUGUGGGUCUACCCUAAACACAUUAUGGUGUGGGUCUACCCUAAACACAUUAUGGUGUGGGUCUACCCUAACACAUUAUGGUGUGGGUCUACCCUAACACAUUAUGGUGUGGGUCUACCCUAACACAUUAUGGUGUGGGUCUACCCGAACACAUUAAAUACUAUUUUUAGUUCACUCAGUCAGUGACUAGCUACUCUACUGUAGAACUUGUAGGACUGUGCGCUGUGUGUUUGUGUCUUCCAUUGUUUAGUAGCUGUUGUUAUCCAAGCUGUACCUACGCUUAAUUUGCCUAUUUGAUCAUCGCUAUUUGCAUUUCAAAUGUCUUUCAAAUGUCUAUUUUUUGCUUUUAUCAAUGCCUUCACAAAUAUAUUUUGAAUUAGUGCUUCUACAUAACACAUACGUGGAUGUUGGAAAAAUCGAACUGUUUGCUGGGGCCAGAGAUGUACUGUAUAUCACAAAGAAAAUGCUCUUUCAAACACAAACUGAAGCACCAUUUAACUGCACCAUUCAACUGCACCAUUCAACUGAAUCCAGUGGACAUAUUGCACUUGGAUUUAUUUCUCAUGCAUUUUUCACUUACAUUGGACUUUCAUGUUGUUUCAAACUACAAAGGGAUCCUGCCUAUAUAUAAUCCAGUACUGUAGCUAUAAUAGAAAACACAACAGCACACUGACAGGAUAAGUGCAAAACAAGGAUUGUGUGUGUGAUUUUAUACAUACCAGGAAAACAAACCUCAACUACAUGUACCUACUACAUGUACCAACUACAUGUACCAACUACAUGUACCUACAGCAGCAUUGCUCUACUCAUUUGUAUCUUGUCUUUGGGAAGUUCUGGGGUGUUGCACUGCAGUCUUUUUUUGGAAGUGAUUUCUCAUUUUCUUCUGUAAGAGGCUUACACACUGGCCCUGUUUCACUCUGGCAGACAGACACUGUGACCUCUAUGAAUGUAAAAAGUACAUUUUCAUUGGAGUAAAAUGCUUGUGGGCAGUGUACUAUAUCCACACAGAAUCAAUGUCUUAAUUCACAGGUGAGAGGGAAAGGUCAAGAUGAACUCAUGAAUUAGGCCUAGGAGUUUUGACCUGACCAAGAAAUGACCUGACCAUGAACAAUUGCCAAUACCUAGGACCAGAUUUAUUCCUGGUCAAAGUCACUUGGUCUGGGAAAAAAACAACUUCUGGUCAUAUAUGGCUGUGAAGGAAGUUUCUCAAAUGGAGCAGUUAUUGGUAAGAUAUCAUAACAUCUUGGUGUCUGAUGUUUUCGGAUCACUAUACAAGUACAGACAGGCUAAUACAGGUUAAGGCUGGCUUUCACAGGUGCUGAAAUGUAACACGUAAAAUUGAAUAUUUAGAUACUAUUUGGUUUGGUUUCCUUUGACAUCACAUACUGUUCAGCAUACUCUGCCUAGGAGUUACUGACCAGUUCACCAGCCCUGUACAGUUAUGUAUUCAUAUAUGUCUAAUUUAGCACAUGAAGAAUUGAUAUCUCUGAAGAUGUUUAUUUGCCAGUUCAUUCAUGAUUCAUAAAGAGCACAGUUUUAGAAACAGGGAUAGGUAGUCUGAACAGGUGUGUGUUGAAUGACUAGAGGUUAGCCUCCCUGGGGCUAAAGAGCAGUAAUCAAACCGCACUGGUAUGCCUAACCUGGAACAACCAGUUUAACCACUGAACUCAUUCAAAAACAACACUUUAUUUGACUGCCUAUUGAAUGUGUCUGGUGGAUAUCUGCUUCUUUCUGUUUGAUUUCUAGAACAUGAACAACAUUUCCUCUGAGUUUCACAGCAGUCUGGAUGGCUGCACUGUAGCUUUAGGCUCUGCAGUGUGAAGUUACAAGGAACACUAUAUGAUUGAAAGAUGACUUUCUCCAUGUUGAGAGUGUAGGUGUUUGUUGUGUGCUAUAAAGCUGAUGACAGACAUUGAAGUGAAAGUGUCUGAUUUAUUUUGUGUGUGUCAGUUGUACCACUUUGGGGGAAAGGAGGCUUCCUCCUUGUCUCCUUUCCUUUCUGGUCUUGAUAUUGUAGCUAAGAGGAGAGUCGUAUAGCUCUGGAUCUCUAUACAGUAUAUUACUCUGGGUAAAAGGGAUAUGAUCAAAAUAUUGCUCUUGCCUCUCAUGUUUAAAUACAGACCAGUGAUUAUGAAUGGAAGGAGACUGGGACAGGGGUUCGUUUGAAGGCAUUGGGACUCCCAAACCUAGCCCCAAGCCCUUAGCACCUAGCUGCUAUGUACUAAGUGUAGAUCUGAAAGGAUAUGAAUAAAUAUGGUGAUCAUUUCACCUAGUUACCAGGAGGUACCUGUCUAAAUAUUUUAGAUCUAUCUGGUAGAGGCUAGGGGUAGGGGUCUAUUUGGGACUGGGUUUUACCUGGAUCCUUCCAGGUCAAGGGACUGAACUCUGACCUCUGUCAUCCUGGGAAAAUGGGACAGAAUGUACAUUUUUUAAAUGAACUGGAUCUUGUGUGCUGUAAAUACUGAGAAUAUCAUUAAUGUGACAUAUUUCUUUAAUUCAGUAUUUGGUUCUAGUUGUUGUUUUCUUAAUUUUUGACCAUGUUAUGUAAUAUAAUUUGCACUAAAUAACAAAAUAAACUUGAAUUGAAAAGA